GAUUCUUUCUUUAUCUGAAUUUGCCAAGCAUCGGAAACCCAACUUCUAUUGGACGCCGGGUGAAAGAGGGUUUGUCGAAUCGGCUUUCUUCUAUGGGUAUAUGAUAACACAAAUUCCUGGAGGUGCUAUAGCAACCAUCUUUCCUGCAAAUCGACUCUUUGGUAUUGCAGUUGGUGGGAGCGCUCUCUGCAAUUUGAUAGUACCGCUGGCUUGUCGUGGUUCCUAUGGAUUUGUGGCGUUCAUUCGGGUCCUACAGGGGCUGGUUGAGGGCACAUCAUACCCGGCAUGUCACGGUAUUUGGCGAUAUUGGGCGCCCCCUAUCGAACGAUCAAGAUUGGCCACAAUUGCUUUCUGCGGUUCAUAUGCCGGUGCUGUGAUGGGCCUUUUCAUAUCCGGAAUUAUGGCACAGUAUAUGGGCUGGCAGUCUCCGUUCUACCUCUAUGGUUUGCCUCCUUUAUCGAAAAUUAAAAUUUUAAAAAUUUUUACCUCCUAUGAAAAGCCAUCUACGCAUCCAAAAAUCUCGGCUGAGGAACGAGAUUACAUUGAAGAAUCAAUUGGUGAAAAAAACAUUCCAUGGAAGGCAAUCUUUACCUCCAUGCCCGUCUAUGCCAUUAUCGUUGCAAAUAUCGCAAGAAGUUGGUCUUUCUUCUUAUUAAUUAUGAAGUGUCCAAAGUAUUUGAAACAAGUCUUCGACUGCACCACAGCGGAGUCGGGAGUUCUGUCUUCGGUCCCCCACCUUAUCAUGGCCAUUAUCGUCCCAAUAAGUGGCCAAUUAGCAGAUAAACUUCGAAAGAGAACUCUCACAACUACCGCCGUUCGAAAGAUCUUUAACUGUGGAGGCUUUGGAAUGGAGGCGUUCUUCCUUCUGAUUGUCGCAUUCGCAAAUUCCUACACCACUGCAAUGGCAGCGUUAAUCCUCGCAGUCUCUUUCAGCGGCUUUGCAAUUUCAGGUUACAAUGUGAACCACUUGGACAUUGCUCCAAGAUAUGCAAGUAUUCUGAUGGGUCUCUCGAACGGUAUUGGCACAAUCUCUGGCAUUCUCUGUCCAGUUAUUGUUGAGUACAUCACAACAAAGUAUCAGUGGAUGUGGGUUUUCAUCCUCGCGAGUUCCAUCCACUUCUUUGGCGUGAUAUUCUAUGCCAUCUUCGCUUCUGGGGAGAAACAGCCGUGGGCAGAGGCGGCUGAAGAUGCACAGAUGAAAGAAUGGGUUCCACAGGACGAAGUCCCACAGAACAUCGUCCAGUCUGGCUAUGGGUAUGGAAAUGACGACGGAGGAAACCUAGAUACCUCCGUCCGACAGCCACUAAAUGAAAAUGCUGAACAACAACGUCCAUACACGACUCAUACGUACAGAAAUAGUAAUAAUCAAUCUAUGGCCGCGGAUGAUGCUUAUCAUCAGGCUUACUAG